AUGUGGGAUCUUUCAUUGGUCCUAGAGCUCCUGAAAGCGUUUCUUGAGUUUGGGCCAAAUAACUUCAACAGUGCCGCCACUCCCACCACGCGCAUCACGCACUUCAGUGAAGCUCCUACAGCCGUUCAUGAGAGUUUAAAUGCUGGGGAAUAUUCCCAUCUUCCCACAGGAGAAGAAGCAAGCAGGAGGAAUUACUCCAGGAGAAACUACGGACAUACUAUUGUAAAGAUGGAGAUUAAGGAAGAACCCUGCAGAAUAAAAGAUGAAGAUACAGAGGAACAAAUAGAAACAAGCUGGAAAAUCAAAGGAUCUUUAACCUGUUCUGAGUGUGGAAAGAGUUUUGUAUGUAAAUCAACCCUGAACAAACACAUGAUGAUUCACAUUGGAGAAAAGCCUUUUACAUGCACUCAGUGUGGAAAGGGAUUCAUUCGCAAAGGACACCUAAAUAAUCGCAUGGUGAUUCACACUGGAGAAAAACCAUUCACAUGCUCUCAGUGUGGAAAGAGUUUCACUCGCAAAAACUCUCUCAACAGACACACGAUUAUUCACACUGGAAAAAAGCUGUUCACAUGCUCUCACUGUGGAAAGAGUUUCACUCAAAAAAGUCAUCUCAAAGAUCAUCUGCUCCGUCACUCUGGAGUGAGAUCAUUCAGCUGUGAUCAGUGUGAUAAAACAUUUGUUGUGGAAUCAGGCUUAAAAAAACACCUUAAUGUUCAUUUUGCUGGGAAGCCUCACUUUUGUUCAUUUUGUGGAAAGAGUUUUUCACGAAUGGAACAUUUAAAAGAGCAUGAGCGUAUUCAUACUGGUGUGAGACCGUAUGUGUGCUUUGACUGUGGAAAGACCUUCACUUCAUCCAGCCACUUAAAAAGACACCAGAGAAUUCAUACUGGAGAGAAACCAUACAAGUGUUCACAUUGUGAAAAGAGUUUCUCUCGGUCAGGAAACCUCAAAGUUCAUGAGACGGUUCAUACUGGAGAGAAGCUGCACCAGUGCUCUUCAUGUGGGAAGAGUUUCACCAUAUUGUCUAAUCUACAGCGACAUAAGAAAAAGAAUUGUCCGAAUGUGUCUAACUAA